CUGGCAACUCUUAGGCACACACGUGCAUCUCCAGAGGAAUUUUGUUUUUCUUUUCUUUCUUCUUAACGAAAUAGGUGUAUUAACUAAAUAAAAUGACGAAUAUUGCGAAAAAGGAACCCCAGCAAAGGGGCAAGCAUCAGUUGCAUAAUGUGCGCUUCUACACGAUAAAGCCGCGUGAAAUUGUCAGCUUGGCGUAUAGUAAAUCGAGCAAGUGCCUCGCUCUGAGUCGUGCAACGCCCGUCAUUGAGCUGUGGAACCUGGAGCACACCCCGUAUUUGGAUCGUGUAAUCCACCUGCCACCCUAUUCUCAUGUAGAAUCUAUAGCCUGGGCGGGAAACCGCUUAUUUUCCGUGGACUUAAGUGGAAAUCUGAUCGAGUGGGAUGUGAUUAAGCUGAAACAACGAUAUGAGCACUCGCCCACUGGCAAUGCUCUAUGGAGUAUCGACGUAAAUCCCGCGGAAACGGAUAUUGCCGUUGGCUCAGAGGAAGGGCACAUCAACAUCCUGAGUAUCGAGAAUGACGAAAUCACCUAUAAAACCUUAUUUAACAAGCAAAAAGGUCGCGUUCUCUGCAUCAAGUUUGAUAAGACAGGAACUAAACUGGUGACCGGCACUGAGGGAUUUAUUCGCAUUUGGAACGUCCUCAAGGGAACCACUCUGCACACGAUGACCCUCUCCGAAAAGGACCUAAUAGUUUGGUCCCUGCAGGUGCUAUCCGAUAAUACGAUUAUUGCUGGUGAUUCAGCGGGAUUUGUGACCGUUUGGAAUGCGGAAAACGCGACACAGAUAGAUUCCGCACAAGUUAUGGAUAAAAACGUAUUUGCCCUGGCUGUGAAUAACAAGGAGGAUCGAUUGGUUUGCAGUGGAAUGCAGCCACCGCUCAUCCGGAUUUUCAGCAAAACCAAGAUAAAGCGGGAGGAGUCCACCAGCGAGCGUUGGAUUAAAUUCUUGCAGCGCGAUGCCCACAAACACUAUGUGAAAUCCCUGUUGGUUAUCGACGAUCAAAUUUAUUCGGGAGGCAUGGAUGGCAUAUUGACCAUUACGUCCAGUGAACGGAUGCAGGCACAUUUGUCGCAGCAUGCUCCCUUUCUGAAAGGUUCCGUAGCUUCCAUGGCAAUCAGUAAAAAGCUUUUGCUUUUACGAUAUCCCAACAGCGUGCACCUGUGGCGCUUGGGUUCUGUGGCCCCGCAAGGCGAGGAGAAGCAAUCCUGGGCACUGCCCGUAGGUCACACGGAGGAACAACUUCUGGAGCAGACACCCCAGAAACUCCUCCAACUAAAUGUCAAAGAAGACCACUUUAUAGAGUCUGCUGCCAUUUCACCAGAUGCAAACUGGAUUUGCUACUCUACCUUAAAGGAACUCCGGAUCAGUCGUUUGAAAAGUGAUCCCCUGCAGGUGGAGCGUCUGGUAGACGAUCUUCCCCAGGAACUUCAACCAGCCAGUCAUAUAAUUUUCACAGAGCAGGGAGAUCUAGUGCUGCUCAACCCGCAGAACAAUCAUCUAAGUUGGUUUACUUUAGAGGAAGAUCUGGUUACAUUCAAAUAUACCAUCGAUUUGAGUGAGAAUUGUAAGAAUACGAUUAGCCAUUUGGUUAUUUCUUCGCAUAGCGAAUACAUUGUGGCUGCGAGCUCAGACCACAUAAUAUCAGUUUGGAAACUACAUGGAAAACAAUACAAGCACCUGCUGAACCUACCAAGACACCGAGCCGGUACCACCGCCCUAUCCAUGCACGAGGAUUACCCACGUGUGGUGGUCGCCUACGCCAAUGGCCAGCUGGUGGAGUACGAUUUGGUCAAUCGGAUAUUCACCUGUGAAACUAAUGAGUACCUGAUACCGGAGACCAGGCGCCAUUGCAUCAGUGGAAUCAGCCUGGAUCCACAAAAUCGUAAUAUAUUUAUUGUUCACACCGAGGUCAAUUUGUAUGUGUUGGAGAGGGAUCAGCAUCUUGAUCCCAAGGAGCUUGUGAGCACCAGCAAGUCUAAAAAGUUAUCAAACGGAAACCGCUCUUCAGUUGCCGGCGGCUCAAAAGGCCUGAGCCUCAAGACGUCGCUGUCACGACAGCACCUGGUGCACGUGUCUCGCCUGAGCCCUAACGAACUUGUCAACGUCAGCAUUUCGACAAACAAUCUGUUGGCUCCGCUGCCGCCGCCGUACCGGCGGAAGAAGUUCGGUGCCUCGUAAAUGGAGCGCCGCCGGAUGAAGUUGAAGUGGAGUGGAGUGGCGGAGCUCCAGCUUCACUUUGGCUUACCCAGUAGUUUCCACUUAGUUACCAAAUAAAAUCAAAAGUAUAAAACAA